GAAACCCAAAAAAAAAGCGGAGAGAGAAAAAAAAAAGGAAAUAAAAAAGCGGAGGAAGGCUCCCCCCAAUUCGGCCUCAAAUCCGCCGCCCGCAUUCCCCGACCUCCGCAGAUCUGGGCCCCGACUCGCCGGAUCGCGCCGCCGCCGCCGGACCCGCGUGAUCCGCCAAGUUGGCGCCGCAGCGGAGGUCGCAGCGCCUCGCCGGCGGCGGCGCGGGGUCUGCCGGCGGCGCCGCGGGCGCCGAAGGAGCCUCCGCGGCCAUGGGCGACUCGUGCGACGCCGUCAUGGCCCGCUGGCUUCAGUCCGCGGGGCUGCAGCACCUCGCGGCCUCCUCGGCUGGACCCGCCGCCGGGGACCAGCGCGGCGCCGGCGCCCUGGGAGGCGGCGCCGGAGGAGCAGGCAUGCUGCCUAGUCUGCUCAUGCAGGGGUAUGGACCGCAGUCCAUUGAAGAGAAACAGAGACUAUAUAUGCUGCUGAGAAGCUUGAAUUUUAACGGAGAGUCUUUGCCUGCAUCAGUCUCUGAGCCCUUCACACCAACUGCUCAGAAUUUUGGCAGCGGGAAUUCUGCAGAUGGUCUGUACUCACCUGAACUUAGAGGUGAUCUUGGAGCUGGUCUCCUAGAUCUCCAUGCUAUGGAUGACACUGGACUUCUAUCUGAUGUACAUUCUGAACCAUUUGAGCCAUCACCCUUUAUGCCAAAGGAAACUGAUGAUGAGGACGAUGAUGAUGUGUUAACAGGAAACCAGCAAGGUCUAGCGGAUAAUUAUAAUGCGGUGACGAGUGAAAAAGAGAGCACCAACAGAGAAAAUAAUGUUGCGAAGAUCAAAGUUGUGGUAAGGAAGAGACCUCUGAACAGAAAGGAGUUAUCACGAAAGGAAGAGGAUGCUGUAACCGUGCACGAUUUAUCUUCACUGACAGUUUAUGAACCUAAGCUGAAGGUGGACUUGACAGCUUAUGUGGAACAACAUGAAUUUUGUUUUGAUGCUGUCCUGGAUGAGGAUGUUUCUAAUGACGAGGUGUAUCGCGAGACUGUGGAACCCAUCAUACCAAUAAUAUUCCAGAGAACAAAAGCAACAUGCUUUGCUUAUGGACAAACAGGUAGUGGCAAGACAUACACGAUGCAACCGUUGCCUCUGAGAGCGGCACAAGACAUGAUUCGUCUUUUGCAUCAACCAGUAUAUCGGAAUCAAAAUUUUAAGCUGUGGCUCAGCUACUUUGAGAUAUAUGGUGGGAAACUCUAUGAUCUUCUAUCAGACAGAAGACACUUACUGAUGAGGGAGGAUGGCAAAAAACAAGUUUGCAUCGUUGGUCUACAGGAAUUUGAGGUUUCGGAUGUCCAGAUUGUCAGGGAAUAUAUUGAGAGGGGAAAUGCAGCAAGGAGCACAGGGUCAACAGGGGCGAAUGAAGAAUCAUCGAGGUCGCACGCUAUUCUGCAACUGGCUGUUAAGAAGCAUAUUAUAGUAACUGAUACCAGGAGGCAAAGGAACCGGGAUGCUAAUGAAGCUAAGAGUACGAAAGCAGUGGGGAAAAUAUCUUUCAUUGAUCUCGCUGGUAGCGAACGUGGUGCUGAUACAACAGAUAAUGAUAGGCAGACAAGAAUUGAAGGAGCAGAGAUAAACAAGAGCCUCCUUGCUCUUAAGGAAUGCAUCCGAGCCCUUGACAAUGACCAGAUACACAUUCCUUUCAGAGGAAGCAAGCUCACAGAGGUUCUCCGUGACUCGUUUGUUGGCAACUCUCGGACGGUGAUGAUUUCAUCACCUGGCCAGGAAAAAAUUGUAAUUAGUCUCCAGUCUUGUCCUCUGAGCAAACCCGCCGUGUCGUCUCCAGUCUUGUCCUCGGUGUCGGCUAGCCAGGUGAUCCGGCUAGGUCCAGAUCCGGUUGACACGAAGAACCCUAUGUUAACUGGAUCUUGGAUCUUGGAAUAGGCUAUUGCAAAAUCC